UUGAAUUUUCCUUAUAAGAUUUUUAAUUGACAACAAACAAUCUGUAUCACAUAAAUUUUUCCAUAUGAACUUUGAAGGGAGAGUGUCUAAAUAAUUGAGGAGUGGAUGCCCAUUCCUUUCACUAUAAAAACACACUUGAAGAAGGAAGAAAAUAAGAAAAGUUGCUUCUCUUUAUUUUACCAUUUCUUGUUUAUAUUUUGCUAUACGUUGCUUUUUAUUUUGCUUACAACAUCAUAGAAAAAUAGAUGUCAGUCUCUAACACAAAUGACUUUGAGGCCAAUAAAGUUGAGAAAAGUUAUGACAAAAUGAGUGAAUUAACAGCCUUUGAUGAAACUAAGGCUGGUGUUAAAGGUCUUGUUGAUGCUGGAAUCACUAAAAUACCUCAAAUAUUCAUUCUACCACCAAAACACAGGGCUGUGACAUGUGAAACAAACUUCAUUUUUCCAGUGAUAGACCUCGAAGGAAUCAAUGAGGAUGCAAUCAAGCAUAAGGAGAUUGUGGACAAAGUUCGUGAUGCAUCGGAGACAUGGGGUUUCUUUCAAGUGGUUAAUCAUGGAAUUCCAACAUCCAUCCUGGACAAAACGUUGCAAGGAACACGACAGUUUUUCGAGCAAGAUAACGAGGUUAAGAAACAGUAUUACACUAGGAAGAUUGGGAAAAAAGUGGUUUAUGUUAGCAAUUUUGAUUUGUAUAGCUCUUGUGUUCCAGCUGCAAGUUGGAGAGACUCACUUUUCUUUUCCAUGGCUCCUGAUCCUCCCAAUCCAGAAGAAUUUCCACCAGCAUGCGGGGAAAUUCUAAGGGAUUUAUCUAAGGAUGUGACGAAAUUGGGCGUUUCCUUACUUGAAUUAUUGUCUGAAGGUCUCGGUCUUGAUCGUUGUCAUCUCAUUGAUAUGGAUUGUGCUAAAGGACUUAGUGUUUUGGGCAAUUACUAUCCAGCAUGCCCUCAGCCAGAACUCACCAUGGGUACCAUUCAACAUUCCGACGGCGGUUAUAUCACAGUGCUUCUACAAGAUCAAAUUGGAGGACUCCAAGUUCUUCACCAGAAUCAAUGGGUUAACGUUCCUCCUGUACCUGGAUCUCUUGUGGUUAACAUUGGAGAUUUUCUGCAGCUCAUGUCAAAUGACAAGUACGUAAGUGUUGAGCACAGAGUCAUUGCAAAUGAAAAUGCGUCAAGAAUGUCAGUUGCGUGCUUCUUCGGUAUAAGUCCAUGGGAAUCUCACAAGUUGUUCGAACCAAUUGCAGAAUUGAUUUCAGAAGAUAAUCCUCCAAAAUAUCGUGCCACCACAGCGAAAGAAUACAGAAAUUACGCCCUUAGUAAAGGCCUAGAUGGAACUUCUGCGCUGUCGCCUUACAAGAUCUAAUCACAAUAAUGAAACAAUUAUGACACUUAAACUUGACAUCAGCUGGCAAGUAAAGCACCCCAACUUUGAGAGUGCACAUAUAAACACCUUAACUCGUCUCCAUUAUGUCAGUUGAACAGUCCAACUUACAAAAUGAUUAUCUAGACACCUCCAAAAUUUAUAUGUCGCAUCAUUCCACGAGACACAACGAGGAUGAGUUGGAGUGUUUAGUUGCCAGCUAAGAUCAAGUUGAGAUAUCUGGAUGUGCGCUCCUAAAGUUAAAGAGUGUUUAUCUGUCAGCUGAGGCCAUGUGUGAGUGUCUGAUUAUGUAUUAUGCCAUUACUAUUCCUUUUAGUGCUAUUUGUCUUCUUGUUGGGUGUGACUACUGCUAAUGAGUAAUGAAAACUAGUUUGUGUA